CAGAGUGUUACAGUGGCGCCCAGCUUGCCGCUACGAUAUGUCAAACCCACAGAACCUCCAGUCAGCUCAGAUACUGGUUCAAAUGAUGGCCGAAUUGGCGGCCUUACAGCAGCAGCAGGCGGUAGUGUACCGGCGUCAUCUGGAAGACCUGCAGGCCCAGACUGAGCAGCAGACACGGGUGCUACAAAACCUUUUGGCUCAGUUUGGGGCCGCUGCGAAUCCGCCCCAUCUAGAUCGGCUGAAACUCUCCUCAGAAGACCAACGUUGCCGGUUCUGUGGUUGCCGCAUGGGAGCAAGAUCGCCGGCAGGGGAGGAAGAACAAAACUCAAAUCAGGAACCAGUCAUUCCUUUUCAAUGUAAACAGGAACAUGAAGAAGCAGCUGGUUUGGUUCAGGUCUUGCCAUCCACAAGUGAUACAGGAAAGAGAAAAUCAGACCUUCAAAGUGACCCCAGCAGGUUGCAGUCACCAGCUAAGCGACAGCGUCUGUCAAUGCCAGGAUUUGCAGAAGCAAUCAUAUUUUCUGAUGUGAAAAGCAUCAUGAAAUUUGUACAUUCCAGACUAAAUGACCAAGACAAACUCAGUGCUUUCUUAAAGAAAAAGAUCAGUGAUUUGGAGACAGACAAGAGGGAGCUGGUUGGUGUCUUUGGUAAAACUGGGGCUGGAAAGAGCUCUUUGAUAAAUGCCAUCAUCAAAGAGAAAAAUCUUUUACCCUCAGGAAGUAUCAAUGCCUGCACCUCAGUCAUGAUCAAAGUGGAAGCUAACACACGUAACUUAAAGUAUGAGGCAGAAAUUGAGUUCAUCACAAAGGAGGAGUGGCGUGAUGAGCUGUGGUCAUUUCGUCAGUUUCUUGACAAUAAUAAAAAUCAGGAAAAGGAAGAUGAUGAUUAUCAUGAUGCUGUUGAAAAGCUGUCAGCACUGUAUGGAGAAGACUGGAGAAAGUCCUUUGAAAACCUCAUGGAUCGCAAAUAUUUCAAAGAAAUUCCAGAAUUUCUCCAAUCCAAGCAGAAGAUUUUGACAUGUGAAUCAGCUAAUGAACUCUCUGCAAAAUUUGUCAAGUACACAAGAAGUGAUUCAAAACAAGGAGAAGGUAAUAAAGCAAAAAAGUGGUUUUGGCCACUAGUGAAGUGUGUGACUGUCAGGGUGCCAAACAAUCCUUUUCUCCAGCAUGUCACACUUGUGGACCUUCCUGGAAAUGGUGACUGUAACAAGAGCAGAGAUCAGAUGUGGAAAGGGAUAGUUGGAGAUUGUUCUACUGUGUGGAUUGUGACUGAAAUUAAUCGAGCAGCAUCAGAGAAAGAGGCCUGGGAGAUCCUGGAAAGUGUCAGUAGUCUGAUUGGAAAUGGUGGCGAAUGCCAGCAAAUUCAUUUUAUUUGCACCAAGUCUGAUCUUGUUGAUGAUUCAGAUGAUCUUUCAUCAGCUGAUAUCCAUGAUCGAAUAGUUAAAAGAAACAUGCAAGCCAAGGAUGGAGUAAGGAAAGAAUUCAACAAACGAACCAAGAUUAAGAAACACUUCACUGAUGACAGUUUCAAAGUGUUCACAGUGAGCUCCAGAGAGUUCCUAAAAGGGAAGCAUCUAAGUCCAGAAGAGACCGAAAUAACCAAACUUCAGGGAUUUUUGCAAGAUCUCAAUGACUGUCACUCAGAGACAAACUAUGUGAAUGGAGCUCAUAGGAUUCUGUCUUUGAUUCAAGGAGCCACCUCCAAAGGAGUGGGUGAUAAAAAAGGCAGGAUUUGUGCAAAACUUGAGAUAAUCAUGAUGCUCCAACUUGAUAACGUCAGAAAAGAAAUGGAAAAGACCUUUCUGGUUUUUGAAAAAUGUCUUGCUGAUGGCGUUGAGAAAUCCAAACGUUCAUAUGGAGAAAAACUCAAGAAUUUCUUGUAUCAAGUAUGUAUUUUAACUCUAGUUGUAACAAAAAAAAACACAUUUUACACAAAUAUAUAUUUAAAUAAUUGUUUUGUGUUCCAGGGAAGGAAUAGUGGUUUUUGUGGGGUACUGAAGCAGGUUGUUGAGAAUGGUGGUGUCCACAAACCAAAAAACGGGAAACUAAUAAACCUUAACAUGAAGUUGGCUUCAUGUCUGACUGACAGCAUUGGUGAAGAAUUCAGAAAGACCUUCCUAAAUGACUCAGAAUGUGGAGCAUUCAACGGAGUCAUCAAGACAUUUUCACUUAACACCGAUUCUCUGAUUGAAAAGUACAAAAAUACUGAACUGCAGCUCAGAUUUCUCAAGACAGAGGAAGAAAAAAUGAAGGCAAAACUGAACAGAAUCAUCCGGAAACGGAAGAAAAAAGUCUACAGCAGUCUGACAGAGACAAUUGAGAACAUUAUGGAAGAAGGCUACAAGAAGGCUGCAAAAUUUAAAGGAGAAGGCACGCUGUACUGCAUGAGGGAGACUAUUAAGAACCAUGUGCACUCGAAGAAGGACAUGUUUGAGCAAGCAAAAAAUACCAUGUUGGAGAAGUUGCACGAUUUGAUGGAAAACAUCCAGGAGAUUCUGGAGAAAACUACAAAGGAAUCCAUUAAAUGUUCAUUCAAAACUGAUGGGAGCUUACUUCCAGAUGUUUCAACAGAGCUUGAUAUGGUGAAGAAACAUUAUGAUCAACUUGCAGCCACUCCAGAUGAUGAAGUGUCCCUUACUGGGUAACUCCUAAUAUGUUAUCAAUGAUUUGCUGACUGGGUAGAAACAGCAGAAGCCUGGUCACAAACAGGUUUUCCCAGAGGAAGUGCUGAUUAAAACAAACAAAAAAAAAAAACAACAUCUGAUUUGGUCUCAGUAAUUUUUUAUUUGUUUUCAUUUGGUCUUUUUAAAAGUUGUUUGGUGAUAUUUGACUUUGAUUUUGAGAAUGUCAUUACCAGUGAUUUUGGAUUUUUAUUUCUGUAAGACAUGUAUCUUGUAAUGAUUCAAAUCUUGAGGCUGACAAAGAAGUUUGAGAAAAACUGAAAGAAAUUUACAUUACAUCACUCUACAUAUAGUUCAAAUCUAUCAUUUUAUUUUAUGAGUUUAGUUAUGUUUUAUCCAGAUGACAAUGGCAAUUAUAUAGCACAUUUCAGUACAUGUAAAAUCAGUCUACUUAACACAGAAGAUAAAAACAUGGUAACAUUUUAUAAUACAGCCCACAACUAAGGUGUAAUUCCCCUGUAAUUAAAUGGAAUAUUGAUGUAUUUUAUCUAAAACUACAAUUAAAAUUGUAAUUUUAUUUACCUACAGAUAUUUAAAGGUAGGGAUUUCUAAAAUGUUUAGUAGUAUAAUGUAAUGACUCCUGCAAUUUAUCUUGUAAACGUUGAUUGGUCAGUUAGGGUAAGUAGCUCCAUCUCCAUGCAGCUGCAGGACUAGUUUUAUCUCUUUACAUUGUAUCCAUCCUCAAAUGUUUAAUUUCAGUAGUUCUUUUCACUAUGGAAUUAAUUGUCUGAUUGUGAGGUGAAAAGUAGUUUUUCAUCUCAACCUUUCACACACAAAUAUGUGUUUUUUGAAAGGUUUUCAUAAAUUAGAGCCACAGCAAAGGGUGUUUGUUUUGAAAUUAUUGAUUUAUUUGUAAAGUUAGAGUUUCUGUUUUUUUUCAAGGACACAUUCAGACUUCUUGUCAUGCUCUUUAUUUGUUGCUUCCUUGCUCCCAACAACCUUUCUAAACUGUCAUCUGUCUUUAUUCUUCACAAUAAAUAUUGAAAUGCUAUUUUAUUAAAAUGGCUUAUAUUAUGUCCUGGUCUCAUCAGUUUUGUUUUCUUCAGUAAUUACAAAGUCCACACUGAAUCUCUGCUGUGCAUAUGUGUGUGCAUUAAUGUAACAGCAUGCCAGUGUGUAAACAAAGAUCAUUGUGAAAUGUCAAAAACAGGUUGUGUCUGAAGGCUGCUACUUUUGUGAAUAUGUGACAAAUUAUGUUAGAAUUAUAAUUAAUUAUAAAAAAAAUGUUUAAAUCUUGGUGAACAAUGCACUGAGAAAGAGUCAUUAUCUAGAAAAUGACUUCAGGAAAUAGAUGUGUUAUAAAAGGCGUUUUACAAUAUGUACCAGUACAGACUUGCCCCUGACGGUUAAGUUGUCCUGGGGCAGGAACCGUUUUUCCUUGUCUUGGCUUCAAGACUCUAGGAUAGGAAUACUGGAUGUAUGUAAAUAACUUCUUUGCACUAUAAUCCAGAAAUUACAUAAAGGGAAACAGAAAAUGAACAAAAAAGUAAUAAAAUCCCACACCUGUGUUUCACAUCUGUUGGUAGUCGGGGGUUUUUUUUUUACUUCUGCU